AUGCGGCGUCGCCAACCAAUACUAAGCUUUUCCCGCAACGAUGAUAGGGAUGGGUCAGACAUUAGGAGCUGCUUCGAUGCAGAAGAUAAGCUAGAGGAGACCGACGCUGAUACUGAGCCGACGGAUAUUGAUAUCGGCGGAUGCAAUAAGGUAGACUUAGCGUGGAUUGCAGGAGAUGAUAAUGCCUAUCCACUAAAAUAUUACCUUGAUCAAGAGAAUGAUUCUAAUGAAUCCGAGGAUAAAGGUGAGGAUUAUAGCGAGAGUAGUUUCCUCCUUAAUAGGAUUAAGGCGCAAUUCUAUUACAUUAAGUUUUAUCCUAAGAUAUAA